GCUAAGUGUUUCACGAUAGAAGUGCAUCUAUAAGUUUAUUAGAAAUUCGCUAAUUGAACUAAAGCAAUGAUACUUUUUAAUACUUUUAAACUACUUUCAUUGUAUAACCACAAUGCAUAGUGCAACUAAUAUUUCCAAAAAUAUAACCGACAAUGAAAGGCAAUUAUACUUGUCAGUUUUACAGCAAGAAUCAACCAUUGCCUAUAUACCAACGAUUGUGUAUUUAAUAAUUUUAGCAGUGGUGGGCAUUCCAGGCAACUGUUUAGUACUUGUUGUUUAUCUGAACAAGAUGACAAUGAAGCCUCUAAGUACUUUUAUCAUCAGCAUGGCUGUCCUUGACCUCGUUACCUGUACAUUGAUUUUACCAGGUGAGAUAUAUCAUCUGCUUCAUAUUUGGGAUUUUACUGAGCCACUUAUUUGUCAGAUCUACGAGUUCUUAAGUGCUCUACUUGUCAUAUCAUCUGGUUUCAUGCUGGUUGCAAUAGCAAUGAUCAGGUACAUGAUGAUAUGCCACUCUUUUAAAAAGCAAGUGACACUGACACAUGCUAAAUGUAUCUGCUCUUUAAAUAUCUUCAUUGCGACAGUGGCCUCAAUACCCCACGGAAUUCUGAAAGGAAAACACAGCCGACAGACACAGAAUCCAAACAUUGUUGGUUAUUAUUGUCAAGUGGACGACAGCUACGUUGAAACAAUAUGGCCGAGCUUAAACUCCGCGUUUUUCUUUCUUUUGUUUUUCUUGACUAGUUGUACAGUCACAUUUUGUUAUGUACGUAUCGGGUGCGCCAUUCGAGGACAUGGGCAGAAUGUCAAUCAAAGAAGUUCUUUACCAGCUUCAACCAAAGCUGCUAAAGAUGUAACAGAGACAGACACAGCUGUGAAUGCUACAGUUAGCAAAACUGAUGAAAGUCGCUCAACAUAUGGGGAUACAUCAGAAAGUGUGGUUGCAAAUGAAACUAUCAACAAUACAGCUAGUGCUUCAAUUUAUAGAGCACACGAUACUACUGCAGGACUGGUUCCAUCUGUCGCUUUAGAGGUUGAUGACAUAAAUAUAGAAACAAUAAGUCACAAUAGUAAUGACAGUGCCGAAGAAACCAUUUCCACUGACAAAAUUAGUAAAGACGACUGCUCUACAGAUAAAAUGUCCCUAGAUAACAUUGUUAGUAAACAUACAUUUGAUACUGACACCCCAGGUGAUGGUAAACAAGUUCGUCCCCUUCAAAUACGCAGAAAGCAUUUAAUCAGAACACAUCUGAUGAUGAUAAUAGUAACUCUUGUCUUUUUUCUGGGCUUUCUUCCCUUUAUUGGUUUAAAUGUUCUUCUUGCUGUUUCUCCAGAGACAGUGGUCUCACUGGAAGGAUGGUCCUUGGCCAUGUAUCAACUUUUCUAUGAUUCGAUAUUUGUAAACAGUGCUGCUAAUCCAAUCAUUUACAGUUUGCUGGAUAAAAAAUUUAAAAAUAUUUGCAUUAAAAUGUUUAAAAACAAACAUGAGCGACGCUGAUAGGGGUAAUUGUGUGUGUGUAAUUGUUACGGUCGUAGCGCAGCAUGGUGCAAAUGGGAAAAAAAGGUGCGAAUUUGGGUAUUGAAUGGAAGGGAUGUUGAUCAGGAAACCGGAAGGAGAUUUGACAGGAUGAGAGUUGAAAUGUUCAUGUUUACGUAACUUGUUAUAAUAUUAAAGUAUUUCUAGACUAAAACCUGAGAGUGUCUUGUUAUUUUGAAGAGUCUUGUGUCGUAACAGUAAUCAGCUGUCACAGAAGACACAGGCCAGUGCUAGGCCGUUGCGAGUAGCGACUUUGUGACACUCCAGAAAAAAUCUAUGGUGUGAACACUUCUCAGGCCAAAAGUAGGAUAUGAUCAUGUGACACCCAAGAGAGACUGUAGAUGUACUGUUGGUUUUGAGAAGGCAUUCGGGGAACGUAUCUAAAGAGCGAAGGUAUCAGUGAAGAAAAUGUAUAAUCCAAGACAUGAAGACUUCACGUUCAAGAUCCAGCCAGGUACAGUGAAUCCAGUGUAAAAUCAGUUCGAAACAGAAGAGUCCAGGACCCUUACAAUUGGAUACAGCAGUACAGAGCUUAUGCGGCAGUCUCUACAGUGAACCAUUUUAAUGCAUGUGCUACGUGUUGCUAACUGUACUGUAUUGCCUAUUAGCUGUACAAUUAUUAGACAUUAAAGUGUUUCGUUAAUUGGAGCCUUAUAAAAGUCUAAAUCCAGUUCUGACUAGAAUUCAGUUCAAAACAAACGUCGGUCAUGUAUAGAACGAAGGAAAAAAAAAAGCUUAAUGAGUAGAACGUUACAUUUAUUUUUUACUUUGAAAAAUCAUAACAGUCAAACUAAAUUGUCCCCCAUGUGGCCAACGAGCAAGUAAUUCUUUUCUGAGCGAUAUACAUCAGUUGUUACAUUUCUAGGAAAAUCGUUAGAGCCAUUUUUUUAAUAACAGCGUCCAGGCUAGGUCCCGAUUGGGUCCAGGCUGGUUCCUGGCUGGCUCCAGGUUCCAUGAAGUUCUGACUUAAAUAGAGGUAUUGUCAAAAAAAAAGAAGAAAAUGUUAAAGACAAGAGAAAAAAGAAAGAGAAAAAGUUUAACAGAAACACUGUUACGUGUGCAUCGUAGUGUCAAUGUGGAAUGGUGCGAUUGCGUCUUGAAAGGGAGGAGAACAAAAAUGGAGGAAUAGAAACAAAAUAGUGUUGACAGUCAUAAUGAAGAUUAAAUUAUUUCUAAACUAUCGUUUUGUCGUUUUGGUUUUAGAGUAUCGUUCAAGAGUCUCAUCCCAUAUAAAAAAGUAACAAAGACCAUUCUUUGUACAUAAGGCAACUACACUGCAACAUAAUUUUUGUGCAU